CAACCAGCCAGCGCCAGGGACAACAAGAGCCGAUCGCGCCCGGAUCCACGGAAUAUAAACCAUUAGACGGUCCGUGUCAACACACCCUCGGCGGACUCAAAUAGGAUUUCUGCACUUUGCUUACAUGUAGAGAUUACCAGCUUGCCAUCAUGACGGCUAUGGAGAUCUUAAAUGUAAAGGAAGUGGAGAUCAUCAAGGUGAUCCUUGACUUCCUGAACUCACGUAAGCUGCACAUUAGCAUGCUAGCCCUGGAGAAAGAGAGCGGAGUCAUCAACGGCCUGUAUUCAGAUGACAUGCUCUUCCUCAGACAGCUCAUUUUGGAUGGGCAGUGGGAUGAAGUGUUGCAGUUUAUUCAGCCUCUUGAGUGUCUGGAUAAAUUUGACAGUAAAAGAUUCCGGUACAUUGUUCAUAAACAGAAGUUUCUCGAAGCUUUGUGUGUGAACAACGCCAUGUCUGCUGAAGAUGAGCCACAGCAUUUGGAGCUGACCAUGCAGGAGGCUGUGAAGUGUCUACACUCUCUGGAGGAGUUUUGCCCAUCUAAAGAGGACUACAGUAAGCUUUGUCUACUCCUGACCCUACCCCGCCUCACCAAUCACGCCGAGUUCAAGGACUGGAACCCCAGUACGGCACGCGUGCAGUGUUUCGAGGAGGCGUGCGUCAUGGUGGCAGAGUUUAUUCCGGCUGACCGAAAGCUGAGCGAGGCGGGGUUUCGUGCCAGCUCCAACCGUCUAUUCCAGCUGCUCAUUAAAGGCGUUCUUUACGAGUGCUGUGUGGAGUUCUGUCAGAGCAAAGCUACAGAAGAGGAGAUCACUGAGAGUGAGGUUCUUCUGGGCAUAGACAUGUUGUGCGGGAAUGGCUGUGAUGAUUUGGACCUCAGUUUGCUCUCUUGGAUGCAGAAUCUGUCUCCCAAUGUCUUCUCCUGUGCGUUUGAGCAGAAGAUGCUCAGUAUUCAUGUAGAUCGUCUUGUUAAACCUGCUAAGGCUGCAUAUGGUGACCUUCUUACUCCACUGAUCAGCAAGCUCUCCCCUUACCCCGCCUCCCCUCUGCGACGCCCACAGUCUGCAGACACAUACAUGUCUCGCUCACUGAAUCCAGCAUUGGAUGGCCUUUCCUUUGGCCUCUCUGGGCAGGAGAAGAGAGGUGCAGGACCAGAUGGGGGGAAAACCUCAUCCAUGUCGCACUCGUUUGCUAACUUUCAGCACCUGAACCGCAGUAUGAUGAUGGAGAACUCAGGAUGUCACAGCAUCUUUGAGGAGUCACCUGAGAGCUCUAGAACUGAAACUCCAUCUGAUAAAAUGAUGAGCUCACCUGUUCCUCAAAACUCACGACCAGUCUCUGCACCAGGUCAGGAUGCCACUGAACCUGGUUCUGCAGAAAAGAAUGAGCUACGUGAGUCUACUGAGCAGUUUCAGGAAUUCUACCGCCAGCGUUUGCGUGUGCAGCAGCACCUUGAACAGAAGCAGCAGCAGCGGGAACUCUACCAGCAGAUGCUGCAAGAGGGCGGAGUCCAGCAGCAAGAAGCACCACCCACCACCAAGCACAAUCUCACAGAGGCCUUCCUUUCCAGGUCUAUUCAAAGACUGGAGGAGCUCAAUGUGGGGAUGGAUGAUUUGGGAGAAGAGGUGCAGGCUCUCUCUCAGCAGUGUAAUGGAGGUGGUAAUAACAUCAAUGUGUCAAGAGAUCCUUCACCUAUGCCACAGACACAGGAGGGAGGCAGAGGAUCCAGUGAUGUGGUCAACAGCACUCCUCAGAUGUCUGCAGUGAAAGAAGCCCUCCCUCCACCCAGCCAGUCCCCUGUGCUGCUCCAGAGCACUCAGAAAGACAAGACUGAAGAGAAUGACGACAGUUUGAACUCCACUAAAGGCCCAGAGAUAGAGAAGUCUAAAGCUAAGUUUGUGAUGGUGAACACACUGGAGGAUACACAGGCUGUGCGCGCCGUGGCCUUCCAUCCCACAGGGUCACUAUACGUGGUCGGCUCCAACUCUAAGACACUCCGUGUGUGUGCUUACCCUGAUACACUGGACAUGAGUGGUUCUGGUGCAAGUAAGCCUCCCGUAAUCCGCUUCAAGAGGAACAAGCAUCACAAAGGCUCCAUAUAUUGUGUGGCCUGGAGUCACUGUGGUCAGUUAUUGGCCACUGGCUCUAAUGACAAAUUUGUCAAAGUGCUGCCCUUCAACCCAGAAACCUGCAAUGCUACAGGUCCUGAUCUGGAGUUUAGUAUGCAUGAUGGGACCAUCAGAGAUUUGGCAUUUAUGGAGGGUCCUGAGAGUGGAGGAGCCAUUUUAAUCAGUGCAGGAGCUGGAGAUUGUAACAUCUACACAACUGACUGCCAGCGAGGACAGGGCCUGCAUGCGCUGAGUGGACACACAGGUCAUAUCCUGUCUCUGUACACAUGGGGGGGUUGGAUGAUAGCGUCUGGCUCUCAGGACAAGACUGUGCGUUUCUGGGACCUGCGGGUGCCCAGCUGUGUGAGAGUGGUGGGGACGGCCUUCCAAGGCUCAGGCAGCCCCGUUGCAUCAGUGGCAGUGGACCCAAGCGGGCGUCUGUUGGCAGCAGGGCAGGAGGACAGCUCCUGUAUGCUGUAUGACAUCAGAGGUGGACGCAUGGUUCAGACGUACCAACCGCACUCCAGUGAUGUCCGAUCUGUGCGUUUCUCUCCCGGAGCCCAUUACCUGCUCACAGGAUCUUACGACAACAAGGUCAUCAUCACUGACCUGCAAGGGGACCUGACUAAGCAGCUGCCAUUGACAGUAGUGGGAGAGCAUGCUGAUAAGGUGAUCCAGUGCAGGUGGCACACACACGACCUCUCCUUUCUGUCCUCCUCCGCUGACCGCACUGUCACACUCUGGACCCAGGCCACGUAGAACAAGCACCGACUCUAGAGGGAGACAACACGCUCACAUACACUGCAAGAAGUCUGAAGGAAUGGAAAUGUGAAAGUGUACAUAUGUUUUUGGCACUGUGUAAACAUAGGUUUGUGAGUAUGGAUUUAUUUUGUGUUCUGUUUCACAAUGUAUGGAUGAGAUCUUCAAUGUAAACCCUAUUAAUGUACAUAUUAUCGGAUCUGAUUGCCAGUGCCACUUGUGUGAGUCUGUGUGUGUACAUGUGUCUAUGUCUGAUAUUUAUAAUGGCGCUGAUCCAUAAUGGGAUCUGAUUCUAUAGUGUCCUUUGCUAUUCAUGUACUUCCAUUAACCUCUAACGCUUGGUUAAACACAGACGCAGUGGUUUCAUGUGCUACUGUGGCCUUCUUUGGAUUUUAAAAUGCCUCUUUGUCCACCCUGCAUUCAUAUCCACAUCAAAGCGCAUCCAUACCUUGCUGAUUAAAUACAGCCUCUGGAAAUAAAUGGUAAUGUUUAGUGUCCUACAUUAUUUAUUAUUUAAGUUAUUAAUUUCUAAUGCAUAACAUGCCCGCUCAAUGCAAACAUUAUGAAUGGAGCGCGUUUGAGUGGUAGGUGUCCAAAGUUUGUGCUUGGCUGAAAUAUGACAAUUAUACAAACUCCUGCAAAUACUGUAUCAAACUUCAGCUGCUUGCUGUGCAAAUAUCAAAAGCAAAGCCCAUGUAAACUGCCUUUGUAAAUGCUGUCAAUUAAGUCUGUUAUUUUAAGUGGUUUAUGUUUGAAUCUCACUGUUUUUGCUUAAAAGGGUUAGCAGCCUUUGUGAGUGCCUCUUAAAUUGAUGGCAUGGAUCAAAGUAUUUUAAUAUGUAUGUGUAACGGGGAUCACAAGCUGGGCAAGGAGGAGGCGGGAACCGGCUGAACAGUCAACAUAACUUUAAUGACAUAAGCGUGCGCAUGUGUGUCUCUCUCUCACAAACUGGCGCCUCCAGCUUGUCUUUAGCCGACUAGUACAAUUUGAAGCCGAGCGUGCAUCCUCACGGACAGGCCGCUUCCUCUUCCUCAUUACAGUAUCCUAUAAAGACUUCAGUCUAUAUGUAACCGGCCCUGAUCGUCCCGCUCCAAAAGGGACUCGAACCGGCAUCUCCGUCGUGGGAGGCGGGUGCGCUAACAAGGAGGCUAAAGGCUACAGCCUCUAGAGUCAGUCGCUAGUGCACCUCUUGAGGUCAGGAGAGUGAGGUUUACACACUGCACAGCUAUCUACCAGCUGGCUCCCGUCACACUCACCCCCCUAAACCUCACUCCCAUCCGGGUCACGGCACCAUUGUAACCGGUCCUGAUUGCCCCGUUCCGAACGGGACUCGAACCGGCGUGGGAGGCGGGUGCGCUUACAAGGAGGCUACAGCCUCUAGCGUCAGUCGCUAGUGCACCUCUUGAGGUCCCGUUACAUAUACAUAGUGCUGAAAACAAAUUAAAUUAAAUGUUUUUGGGCAUUUAUGCAAAUUCAGUUAAACAUACACAAAUUAUUGUGUGAAAUAUUUGGCAUUUGACACUAUGAUCUUGCACUUUUUGUUUCUUAUAUUCCUUUCUUAUUUUGAAUUGCACUUUGUUUUUGGUUGUCUGUGUUGUAUAUUUUGUAAUGAUGUAGAUUUUAUUAUUUAAUCCUAAUUAGUUUUACUGUUACAAAUAGGUUUUAAAUCAAAGCCAAACAAAAACAAAAUGUUGUUGUCAUAUUCUAAAUAGUUAUGGUGACAAAACAGCUCUCACUAAAGUCAAAUACAGUUGUGAAAUGUUGUUUCUGUAUCCUUUAUUAAAUCAUACUUAAGGGACUAUCACAGUAAAGGCUCAUGGGAAAUGUCUGCUGCUGUUUUGUGAAAUAAAAACUCCAAGUCCUUC